AUUUUUACGCUGCUCGUUGCUCAGAGGGAGAGAAGAUCGCCGGAAAAUAUUGCCGACGGGCUCCUACCUUCGGCGCCACCUCUCAAUCCAGCGUUCCACCAGUCAAUCUCGCACGCCCAUCAAUUCAUCACGCCUUUCACCUUUAACCCCUUGUCUCCAUCUCGAAAGUCAAACAGCCCCUUAGGGUUUCCAGGUUCUCAGUGAUGGUGGCGGUGGAGACCGUCGGCGCGAUUGAAGUGGAGGAGCGGAUCCCGAAGGAGGCAAGGCGGAUUCUACACUCGCUGGCAUCGGAGUGGAGCGAUGUGGCGGAUUCGCGGGCUUUGGAAGUGGUGCAGCUCAAGGGGGCAAUGACGAACCAGGUGUUUCAGAUUAAUUGGAGGGUGGAUGGGAUGAGGGAUAGGAAGGUUUUAGUUAGGAUCUAUGGGGAAGGGGUGGAUUUGUUAUUUGAUAGGGCUGAUGAGAUCCGGGCGUUUGAGCUUGUGUCGAGGCACGGGCAGGGGCCGCGAUUGCUUGGGAGGUUCACGAAUGGACGCGUGGAGGAGUUCAUUCAUGCUAGGACCUUAUCAGCAGCCGACCUGAGAGACCCAGAGAUAUCUGCUCUCGUAGCAUCAAAACUUAGGGAGUUUCAUGACCUUGAUAUGCCUGGUCCAACCAAAGUUAUGUUGUGGGAUAAACUAAGAAACUGGCUCAAAACAGCCAAGGGCUUGUGCUCUUCUCAAGAAGCUGAAGAGUUUCAUUUUGAUGCCUUGGAUGAGGAGAUCAAUACUUUGGAGAAAUUAUUGUCAAGGGAUGGACAAAGGAUAGGAUUUUGCCAUAAUGAUCUUCAAUAUGGCAACAUUAUGAUGGAUGAGGAGACAAGACAGAUAACUAUAAUUGAUUACGAGUACGCUGGUUUCAACCCUAUCUCAUAUGAUAUUGCUAACCACUUCUGUGAAAUGGCUGCUGACUACCAUACAGACACCCCUCAUAUCUUGGACUACAAUAAGUACCCCGAUCUUGAGGAGCGCAGAAAAUUCGUUGAGAUGUAUCUGAAAUCUUCAGGUGAAGAACAAACCAAAGAGGAGAUUGAGAGCAUACUCAACUCAAUAGAGCACUACACACUUGCGAGUCAUUUAGUCUGGGGCCUAUGGGGCAUAAUUUCGGAACAUGUGAAUGAGAUUGAUUUUGACUACAUGGAGUAUGCCAGGCAAAGGUUUGAACAGUUCUGGCUGAAGAAAACUGCCAUUUUUCAGUCUCAGCCUUUUCAAUCUUAGCGUGGAUGCAUAUGUAAAUAAAUAAUUAUUUGUUUGUGUUCUUGCCUUGUAACAUAACGAUCUUAUAUUUUUCAGUGUGAUGGGUGUGCAUGUUUGAUUUCUCCCCCC